AUGGAUCAAGUUUUGCAAAAAAUACAACUAAAUUUAAAGGAAGUUUGGAUGCCAAGGAAAUAUAAAGAAGCUGAAACCAUAGUCUAUAAUUUAGUAAGCCUAAAAUAAGAACUUCAAAUUUUGAGAAAUCAAUUUAUGGAUAAACUACACUAAAGCUUGUUAGUAAUUGAUGAAAUUGUCGAAUAAAUACAGAUUUAAUUAGGUUUUCUAAAUAUGAAUAUUGACUUGAAUUAAAAUAAGGAAAUUGUGCAUCCGAAACAAUUAAAAGAAUUAAUAAUAAGUCAAGAAUCCAUACACAAUACAAAAGUUGGCAAUAAAUUCACAAAAUUGCUAACAAUAUGGAAUUAAGACUUUUUGAAAUCCUUUGAAAACAAGAUGAAGUAGAUUAGUGAAAAAUCUUCUGAUUGUGAUUUUGAGCUAUGUUUCAAUUCAACAUGCAAACCAGGGAAUGGCAAUGUUAAGAUUUGCGAUGAGCAUUACGAAUAGAUCUAUUAUGUGAGGACAUCAAAAAGUACAAUUUUUUAGAAUCGAUUGGCUUGCGAGAGUUGCAAAAAACCAGACCAAAAUUACAUCAAAUUAGAAGAGUUUGAAAAAGCGUGGGGAGAGCAUGCUCGAUUGACUUUAGGGAAAUUUAAUAAUCAUUAAAACAAUUUAAGUCAUUAAUGGAAAAAAAUAUUAUAACAAACUGAGGAGUUCAAUAAAUUUAUAUAUAAAUCGAUUAAUUUGAAAAAUGACACUCUCUCUUAAUAGAUGACCUUAAUGCAAAAGAAUUGGUCAAGCCUCUCAUAAGUAGAAUUAAAUGAUAUUGCUUGUAAUUAUGAUUAACAGCAAAAUGCAUUAAUUUACGAAGAGAUUGAGCGAGAAUCAAUGACAAAGGAAAAUCAAAUUAAAUAAGUAAUAAGCUUAUAUCAAAAAUUCUUAGAGAAUUUUAAUCAUUUUGAAUUUGAAUUACAGAAUAGUAUCAAAUAAGACAAAUGCACUUCUUUUGCUUUUUCUUUAGAUUCUUCAGUUAUGGUUGCUGGAUUAGAUAGUAAGAUUAAAGUAUUUUAGUUUAAAGAGGGAGAAUUAACAGAAAAGUAAUAAUUGACUGAACACAAAGGAUGUGUGAGAUGCCUUUAUUUCAUGAAAAAAACUAAACAAUUUAUUUCUGGUUGUUCUCAGGACAACUUAAUCAUAAUUUGGUCAUGGGAUGAUUAAAGACAAUGGUAUUGUGAUCAAAAAUUAAACGGACAUACUAAUUAUGUCAUAGGAGGAUUAAUAAUGAACAAAGAGGAAGAUUUAAUUAUCUCUGGUAGUGAUGAUAAAACAAUUAAAUUUUGGGCCAAAAGUAACAAUAAAUGGAGUCUUAAAUAAACAUUGAAUGAUCAUGAACAUGAAAUAAAGAGCAUCAGUCUUAAUGACUCAGGAAAUCAAUUGGUUUCAUGUUCAACAAAAAAUGAGAUUAUUGUUUUCAAAUGCAACAAAGAAUAAUAAUGGAUGAAAAAUUAAUUAAUUUAGGUUGAUUAGGAGGGAUAUAGUUUAUAUUUCUUAAAAGACACCCUUUUUACAUUUUUAUUUCAAAAAUAAAAUCUUAUGUAAAUCUACGAGCUUGAUCGAUUAUAACAGAAAUUUAUCUUGACCAGAUAAAUAAAUAUAAGGUCUGGAAAUAAUAGAAUUGAUUACUUCCCUUAGUAAUAUAAUAAAGAGAAAUAAAUACUAUUAAUUAAAGUUGGGAAAACUAUUAAUAUUAUUAAAGCUAUUGAUCAUUAAGAAUUCAUUCCUGUUCAAUAUAUAGAGAACAGUGAUAAUCAACUCUAUGGUGCCAUGACUAAUGAUUCAUAAUAUUUAGUAACUUGGGAAAGUAAAGAUAAUUCAAUAAAAAUCAGAAAGUACAAAGAAUGA